UGAAUUAUUCGGAGAAACGUACUAUAAGUUCUCAUUGGACGAGUCCAAAAUUUCAAAGCAGUUAGUAGAUGGUACGAUAGGACCGAAUGAGGAUGACAAUGAUAUACUGCACAUGACAAAUGAAAAGAAGGUCAAGUUUCUGGAUAUAGACAGGAAGGAAAUUGUAAUGACUUAUGCUGACACAGCUAAUCCAGACCCGGAGUUGACUGAUAUGUGGCAUUUAAACGGUGUAAUGCGAUACACACAUAGAAUUGAAGAGGCCUGGGCCUUAGGGUACACAGGAAAAGGUAUCAAAGUUGGUGUUAUAGAUACGUUGAUGCAAACAAAUCAUAUAGAUCUGACAAAUAUGGAUGAAUCAAGUUCAUAUGAUUAUUACAACGAUGACGACGACCCAAACCCGCCAGAUUCAACCUUGUAUCACGGAACAACGGUUGCGGGUGUGAUAGGUGCAACAAAGGGGAAUAACUAUUGUGCUGUUGGUGUUGCAUAUAAUACAACACUUGUAGCUAUUGGAUUAUUAGGCUCGAUCACUUCUACUUUAUCAGAUUCGCAAUUUGCCAGAUCCUUAUCACAUAUGUAUGAUACAAUUGACAUUUACUGUAAUAGUUAUGGCCCAAAAGGACAGUAUGGUUACUCAGUAUUAGGACCAAUGCGUCGAGCAGCAUUAGAAAACUCGGCAAGAUAUGGAAGACAAGGGAAAGGUAAUAUACACGUUUUUGCAGCCGGAAAUGAUGGCGGAAUUGCAACACCAAAUACAAAGGGCGUUCAUACCAUCAUUUAUACUAUCGGUAUACAAAGUGUUGGAUACGACUAUGUUACUCGGUAUGGAGAAAUAGGAUCAUCGAUAAUGGCCAGUGCUUAUGGAGAAAGCGCUUUUGACAGAUUUCUGACAUCAACUACUGUUAAUUCCGGUUGUAGAGAUGGUUUACAAGGUACCUCUUUUGCCGCUCCAAUUGCAGUAGGAAUUAUCGCACUGGCAUUAGAGGCAAACAAUGACCUCACCUGGAGAGAUGUCCAGCAUUUGAUAGUUAGAACUUCUAAACGAUAUGGAUUCAGGGAUAGAUUUGAAGUUAAGAACAGAUGGCAGCGUACUGGAGCAGGCUUAUGGGUUCAUCACAGAAUGGGAUUCGGUUUGAUGAAUGCUGAGGCUAUGGUUAAAAAAGCAAGAGAGUGGAAAACUGUACCAGAACAACUUACUUGGCAAUCACAAGUCAGCAGCCCGAACAUGAUUUUACAGGAAAGAUCAAAAGCCAGAAGCAGAAUGUAUGUCUCCCGUUACGAUUGUCCAAUCCGUUAUUUAGAACAUGUAAUGGCUACAGUGAGUUUUGAUUUCUCAUGCUGUAGGGGAGCAGUUGAGGUGUACCUGAUUUCUCCCAGUGGGACAAAAGUAGUUUUACUUCCUCAACGGAUCGCCGAUGCAUUAUUCACUGCCACUAUUUCAGAUACCUUUACUUGGACUUACAAAGUUGUUCAUUUAUGGGGAGAAAAUCCUAUAGGAAAGUGGAAAGUUUUCUUAAAACUAAACAGCAUGAUAGCUAGGGUGGAACUAAAGGAAUGGUAUCUUACUUUCUAUGGAACCUCAUCAAAUCCAUUGAGAGGAUGAAAACUUGUCUAUCAAGGUAAAACUAUCUUACUGUCUAUGGAACCUCAUCAAAUCCCAUGAAAGGAUAAAAUAGUUAUCAAAGAUAUCAGGAUUAUAAUUUAGUACGUCAGACGCGCGUUUCGUCUAUAUAAGAC